GGCAAGCAUAAAUACAAAUUUCUCCUAUAUCUUUCGAAAGUUGUACAUACAUACAGAUAAAACCUUUGUUGUAGACCGAAGGUAUUUUCGGUAGGAAUAUGCCUGGGAAUCAUCUUGUGCCCCGGGAGGAAGUAUUAACAAAAAUAGUUUGGAAAAGUUGGAAACUAAGAAAAAAGAUUUAGGAAGUUCACGAGUAAUCACGCGUGGUAACUUUUUCACACGUGGUAACUCGUGAAGAUUGAUUCGACAAGUAUGAAUAUGAGACUUAUUCAGUAGUUUCUCAGGCAAGUUAGCUCAAUAGUAGUAUAGUAGAUUUCUAAUUCAAAGUACCCUGGUUCGACUCUUACUUUGUGGUGAUAUAUAUAAAAUCUGAUAUUUUAGAAACUAAAUUUGGUAGAAGCUAGAGUAGAGAUAUAUUAGGAUCGAAGCAAAUCUAAUCUAGAAGAAAAUGUUGUCAUUUUUCAUCUUUUUUCUUCCUGCAUAGGUUCAAUUAUUCAACCAGAUGUUUUAACCAUCCAUUAUCCUGAACUAUGGGGUCCGCAUAAUCCACAACAUUUUUUCCCUGAACGGCAUUCAGAAAAGCAACGUCAUCCACUAGCUUAUAUGGCAUUUGGUAACGGGCCACGUAAUUGUGUUGGUAUGAAAUUUGCUUUAGUUGAAAUGAAGUGUAUUUUAGUCCGAUUAUUAAAAGAAUAUACAAUUAUAAAAUGCGAUAAACUUGAAACAAAUUUAAAUAUUAGUGAAUACAUUGUAAUUGCACCCAAAGAAAUUUGGAUUAAACUAGAAAAACGUUUCUGA